UCUAUCGCAUCAGCUGCAGGAAAGGCGGUCAAAGUAGCCGCUGGGAGAAGCAGCACGGGGUAAUAUUUGGAAAGCAAGGGGAGAGAAUACUAUCCGCUCCUGACGGUCAACUUCACCGCACCUGGAUCGUUCUUAUUCUUACUUAGGACAUAACUGGAAACGUAAAAGUGUCUUGUUUUUUUUCUUCUUAACUUUAACAAAAUGACUGGUAGCCCAGUGACAGGGCUGCUGGUUGCGCUGUUCGUAAGCAGCGCGGUCCAUUGUAUGCCAAAGAACCAAGGGAAAAACAAGAGACAAGCUCAGGAACAAGUUUACCCCGAACUCGCAGACACAGUACCCCUUGCUCAAGGCUGCGAUGAGAACGGACAUUCUUACAGACUAAACGAUCAAUGGGAGAAGGCUUACCUUGGGAGUACACUGCUUUGUACCUGCAACGGAGCGGCAGGGAUCAAAUGUAAAACAAAACCCCAAGGGGAGGAGACCUGCUAUGACAAAUACAACGACCAGACGUACCCUGUGGGUGCGACCUACGAGAGGGCGAAGGACGGCAUGAUGUGGGACUGUACCUGCAUCGGUUCCGCCCGCGGCAAAAUCAGCUGCACAAUCGGAAACCGCUGCCACGAGGGAGGCAGAUCCUAUAAAAUCGGGGACACUUGGAGAAGGCCCCACGAGACCGGCGACUACAUGCUGGAUUGCGUCUGUCUGGGAAACGGCAAGGGAGAGUGGACCUGCAAACCCGUGUCGGAGCGUUGCUAUGACAACACGGGCGGAGCGUCCUACGUGGUGGGGCAGACCUGGGAGAAGCCGUACCAAGGCUGGAUGAUGAUCGACUGCACCUGUCUGGGGGAGGGCAACGGACGCAUCACCUGUACCUCUAGGAACCGUUGUAAUGACCAGGACACCAAGACCUCCUACCGCAUCGGAGACACAUGGACCAAGACAGAUGCUAACAGACACCAACUCCAGUGUCUGUGUACAGGAAAUGGCAGAGGAGAGUGGAAGUGUGAGAGACACACUGCCACUACUGGCACAGGUGUUAGUACAGGAACAGGUGUAGGAACAGGUACAGGAAGUACUCGUGUGACCAUCCAGACGGAGCUCCACCAGCCCUCCACCCUCCCCGAACCCCCCCAGGAGGGGGCUUGUCGCACGGACUCGGGCACCACCUUCCACGUGGGGAUGCGCUGGAUCAGGACGCAGGGCAGCAAACAGAUGCUGUGUACCUGCCAGGGUACUGGGGCCGUCAGCUGUGAGGAGAAGGAGGGCCAGAGCCAGGUGUACGGUGGGAACUCAGAAGGCCAGGCCUGUGUGUUCCCCUUUGUGUUCAUGGAUAAGACCUACUACUCCUGUACCUCAGAGGGACGUACUGAUGGACAGCUGUGGUGCAGCACCACCUCUGACUACCAUAGAGACCAGCAGUACUCCUUCUGUACCGAGAAGAACUCCCUGGUGUCGACCCGAGGGGGUAACUCCAAUGGUGCCCUGUGCCAGUUCCCCUUCCUCUACAACGGGCGUAACUACACUGACUGUACCGCCGAUGGGCGCCGCGACAGCAUGAGGUGGUGCGGUACCACAACCAACUACGAAGGAGAGCAGCGCUACGGAUUUUGCCCCAUGGCUGCCCACGAGGAGGCCUGCACCACCAACGACGGGGUCAUGUACCGUGUGGGAGACCAGUGGGACAAACGCCACGAUGUCCUGGGUCACAUGAUGCAAUGUACCUGCUUGGGCAACAACCGCGGAGAGUGGAGCUGCAUCGCCUACUCCCAACUCAAAGACCAGUGCAUUGUGGAUGGGCUGACCUACGAGGUGAGCCAGACCUUCACCAAGCGCCAUGACCAGGGCUACAUGAUGAAUUGCACCUGUUAUGGACAGGGACGUGGGCGCUGGAAGUGCGAUGCCAUCGACCAGUGCCAGGAGCCUGAGAGCAGGGUGUUCUAUCAGAUUGGAGAGACCUGGGACAAAACCAUCCACCAAGUCCUCUACCGCUGCUAUUGCUAUGGCAACGGUAUUGGUGAGAUGAGCUGCGAGCCACAGCAGACCUUCCCAGGUGGCCACCGCCCAGUCCAGGUGAUUAUCACAGAGGCAGGGAAGCAGCCUGACUCCCACCCCAUCCAGUGGAACGCCCCUGCCUCCUCACACAUCACCCAGUAUAUCCUCAAGUGGAGAGUGAAAAACACCCGUGCCCCCUGGAGAGAGGCCACCAUCCCAGGUAACUUGAACUCGUACACCAUCGCUGGGCUGCGGCCAGGUAUUACCUAUGAGGGUCAGCUGAUCAGCAUCCUGCGCUAUGGACGCCGCGAGGUCACCCGCUUCGACUUCACCACCACCUACGGCUCCCUAGGGGUGACCUCUGAGGGUGAGACGACCCAGCCUCCUCCCGUGGUGGACACGUCUGAGUCGGUGACAGAGAUCACGUCCAGUAGCUUCAUCAUCUCCUGGGUGUCAGCCUCCGCCACCGUGUCAGGCUUCAGAGUGGAGUAUGAGCUGAGUGAGGACGGAGCCAACCCUCAGGUCCUGGACCUGCCCCGUACCACCACCUCUGUGAGCAUCAGUGACCUCCUGCCUGGCCGUAGAUACAACGUCAACGUGUAUGAGGUUUCCCCUCAGGGAGAACCCACCCUCAUCCUCACUACCUCUCAGACCACAGCUCCUGAUGCCCCUGCGGAACAUCAGAUCAACCAGGUGGGAGAAACCUCUAUCUCCAUCAGCUGGUCCAAGCCCCAGGCCCCCAUCACAGGCUACCGUUUGGUCUUCACCCCGUCAGUAGAGGGCAGCAGCACCGAGCUCAUCCUCCCAGACACUGAGACCUCCGUGACCCUGGUUGACCUUCGACCUGGCCUGCUCUACAACAUCAGCAUUUACGCUGUGGAGGAGAACCAGGAGAGCGAGCCCAUCUUCGUCCAGGUCAACACUGCCGGAGAGCCAGCACCAGAGGAAGUCCGCUCCCCGACCGACCUUCAGUUCUACGAGGUGUCUGACGUGAAAAUCAUCAUCACCUGGACCGGCCCUCCCAGCGAGGUGUCGGGUUACCGCGUGACCUUCGCCCCCGUUACCCCCGGUGACACGCCCCAGAGGCCCCUGCAGCUGCCCAUGACGGCCAACGCGUAUGCAGAGAUCACCCACCUGCAGCCCGGAACCCUGUACCGCUUCAACAUCUACGCCAUCAACGGAGGAGUGGAGAGCGAGCCGCUGACGGGAGAGAGAGCCACCAAGCCCGAUGCCCCCACCAACCUGCGUUUCACUGACAUCGGCGAGGACAGUGUGAUAGUGAUCUGGGAGGCUCCCAGGGCUAGCAUCAGCGGCUACCGUCUGUUCCUGAGCGUGGAAGGCUCCAGCCCAACCCAGAAGAGAAUCCCAGGCGGUCAGACCCAGUUCCCUCUGCGAGGCCUUCGCCCCGACACAGACUACACCGUAAAACUGCACUCUGAGCAGGACAACGUGUUGAGUGAGGAAGUCAAUGGCAUCUUCACCACCUCUCCAAAGAUGGGUAAUGCCCCUCGCUUCACCACUGAUGUGACAGACACCUCCAUCAUCAUCUCCUGGACCCCUGUCAGCAGGUUCAGCUUCAGGCUCUCUGUGAGGCCCAGUCAGGGAGGAGAGUCACCCAGGGAUGUGACCUCUGACUCAGGAAGUAUCUUUGUGUCAGGCCUGACCCCUGGGACUGAGUACACUUACAGCGUACAGCCCAUUAUCAACGGACGUGACCGCGGCAACCCCAUCACCAAAAAUGUUGUCACUCAACUGUCUCCCCCCACUGACCUCAGUACGCAGUCCAACGCGGACACGGGUGAGCUGACUGUCCUGUGGGGCGGCGCCAACACGCCAGACAUCACAGGCUACAGAGUGACAUGCACCCCGACCAAUGGGCAGCGAGGAAACUCCCUGGAGGAGUUGGUCCAGCCGGUCCAGAACCAGUUAAUCCUGGAGAACCUGAGUCCAGGAGUGGAGUACAACGUCUCUGUCUACACUGUCAAAGACAACCUGGAGAGUGUCCCUGUGUCCACCACUGUCACCCAAGACGUGCCCAAGCUAAACGACCUCCACUUUGUCGACGUCACCGACACCACUGUGGGCCUGCGCUGGACCGCCCUGGUAAACGUUACCGCCAUCACAAGUUACCGUGUAACGGUUAUGGCGUCGGGCGAGAGUUUGCCCAUCAUCAUGGAUACGGUGGACUCGUCGACGGGCCAUUAUACGGUGCGCGGGCUGGAGCCCGGUGUGGAUUAUGACAUCAGUGUCACUACGAUAACAGAGGAAGGGGAGAGCGAGCCGGCCACACGCAGAACACAAACCCAGACUGCCGUCCCCGCCCCCACCAACCUGAACUUUGGAGGGGUGGGCCCCGAUCACAUGAGGAUCAGCUGGACCGUCCCCAACGUCCCCACGCCCAGUGACAUCACACGCUUCGUCAUCCGCUACCACCCCGGCAGCAACGACGACGACGUCAAGGAGCUCAAUGUGGGCGGAGCCACCAACACCUUCCUGCUGCAGAACCUGCUGCCCAACACAGAGUACAGGGUGAGCGUGGUGUGUGUUUACGAGGAGAGAGAGAGCGCACCAGUCACUGGCACUCAGAGAACAACCCUGGACUCUCCCACUGGCCUGGACUUUGUUGACGUCCUGACCAACUCCUUCACCAUCCACUGGCUGGCCCCCGGCGCCGUGAUCACCGGCUACCGUAUCCAUUACCAGAUGACCAGCGGAGGCAGGGCCAAGGACGAGAGACUGCCCCCGACCAGGAGCCACUUCACCCUGACUGGCCUGGCCCCCGAGACAGAGUACAGUGUUGAGGUCUACGCUGUCAGCGGGAACCAGGAGAGUCUGCCUCUCACUGGCACUCAGGCUACUAUCUCUGACGCCCCCACCGACCUGGAAGUGACCUCAACCAGCCCCACCAGCAUCACCAUCCGCUGGGACUCCCCCUCUGUCACCGUGAGGUACUACAGGAUCACCCACGGAGAGACCGGUGGAGAAAGCCCUGCUAAGGAGUUCACUGUCCCUGGCUCCCAGUCCGAGGCCACCAUCUCUAACCUGAACCCAGGGACCGACUACACCAUCACCGUCUACGCUGUGACAGGGAGAGGGGACAGCCCGGCCUCCAGCACACCCAUCUACAUCAGUCACAAGACUGACGUGGAGGGCCCCACCAACAUGGACGUGACAGAUGUGAAGGACAACACCAUCACAGUGCGCUGGUCCGCGGCCCAGGGCCCCAUCAAUGGCUACAGGGUCACCAGCGUCCCCAAGAAUGGACAGGGCCCCUCUUUCUCUGAGGUGGUGGCCCCUGAUCAGACCGAGAUUACGUUUACUGGCUUGAUGCCCACGGUGGAGUACGUUCUGAGUGUGACCGCUCUGGGAACCGAUGGAGAACCUUCCACACCUCUGGUAGAGAACGCCAUCACAGCAAUGGACCGUCCCAAGGCCCUGUCCUUCUCUGAGGUGGACUCCACCUCCCUGAGGAUCACAUGGGACAGUCCGGACGGCACGGUGACAUCAUACCGCGUGCUGUACUCCAGCCCUGAGGAAGGCGAGAGAGAGCUGCGCCCGGCGCCCAGAGGGACAGACGAUACCGUGGUACUGAGGAAUCUCCGCCCCGGCACAGAGUACACUGUUAAGGUCAUCGUUCUGCACGGACGCACCCCCAGCACCCCACUGGUGGGCACACAGGCCACAGCUAUCCCUGCUCCCACCAAUCUGGACAUCUCUGAGGUUGGUGACACCUCCUUCACCGUGUCGUGGCGCUCCCCCAGCUCCGGGCUGUCUGGGUACCGCGUGGUUGUCAACCCCAAGAACAACAAUGGACCCACCAAGGAGAUGACCAUCGCCCCAGACACCACGCGCGCCGUGGUCCCAGGACUCAUGGUGGCCACUGUGUACACAGUGCACAUUUACGCCCUGAAGAACUCUGUGACCAGCCGACCCCUGGAGGGAGAGGUCACCACGCUGGACAACAUCAGUCCUCCUCGGCGUGUGCGUAUCUCUGACGUGAAGGACUCAGCCAUCACGCUGACCUGGCGUGCUAAGGUUGAGACCAUCACUGGGUACCUCAUUGAAGCUCAGCCCCUUGGCGGCAGCCGCCCCGCCAUCAAGAAGACAAUCCCCGGAGAGCAGCGCACCUACACCAUCACUGGUCUGGAGCCAGGCACCUCCUACACUAUCCACAUCUACACCAUCAACGGUGAUGCACGCAGUGCCCCCUUCACCCUCACGGCCACCACAGCCAAACCAGCGGUGCAUUCCCCCACCAACCUCCAGUUCACCUCCCUGACCCCCAACUCCAUCUCCUUCAGCUGGGAACCCCCCGCCACACGUAUCACAGGAUAUUACAUCACCUACGAGGAGGCAGGCAGGGCGCAGCCCCGUGAGCUUACCCCCCGCCCCCACGCUGGCCAGAACUACGCCACCAUCUCUGGUUUGAGACCAGGCACCGAGUACAUCAUCAAGAUCAUCGCUCUUCAGAAUGUCCAGAGAAGCACCCCAUUGGUGGGCACGGCCAGGACUCAACGUGAAUCCCUGCUUACACUGCCACUCCCCAACCGCCCCGGAGGCUACGACCACCUGGACGUGCCUGAAGAAAAGGAGAGCCGUGUCCCAACAGUAGUAGGUAACAACGGCCUAGACACCCUGGGGGGCCAGGGCCAGAACGUGGAGUACACUGAGUACAACAACCAGAACCCCCAGGCACCCCAUGGGAACGGCCAGACACCCCAUGGGAACGGCCAGACACCCUAUGGGAACGGCCAGACACCCCUGGUGUUUGUGCCCCUUCCGGACGCGGAGGGGCGCAGGGUGCCGGUGGUGAGCGUGAACGUGCCUGGUGGCUCUCCCUUUGGUUUUCCAGAGAAGGACACAGGAAUCCCUCAGGAGGCCCAGACCCAGACCACCAUCGCCUGGAAGCCUUACAAGCAGAGUUCAGAGUACCUGGUGUCCUGCAACCCUCUGACACACGUCAACGAGAAGAUGUUCCAGAUGCGUCUGCCUGGUACCUCCACCAGUGCCACUCUGAUCGGCCUGACCAGCGGAGCCUCCUACAACGUUAUCGUAGAGGCCCUGAAGGGGGCACUCAAACACAAGAUCUUGGAGGAGAUUGUCACCGCCGGCAACACCCUGACAGAGGGUUCCACCGGCACAGAUAAGGACUCGUGCUACGACACCUUCACAGCCACCUACCAUGACGUUGGGACCGAGUGGGAGCGCAUGUCUGAGACGGGCUUCAAGCUGUGGUGCCGGUGCCUGGGACUAGGCAGUGGACACUUCCGAUGUGACUCCUCUAAGUGGUGUCAUGAUGGAGGUAACAACUACCGUAUCGGGGAGAAAUGGGAGCGCCAGGAGGAGAAGGGCCCCAUGAUGAGCUGCACCUGCCUGGGCAAUGGGAAGGGAGAGUUCAAGUGUGAACCACAUGAGUCCACCUGCUAUGACGAUGGGAAGAUGUACCAGAUUGGUAACCAGUGGCAGAAAGAAUACCUGGGAGCCAUCUGUACCUGCACCUGCUACGGAGGACAACAGGGCUGGCGUUGUGAGAACUGUCGUAGACCAGGUGCUGAGGUUGACUCUAGUCUGCUGCAGCCCGUCCGAUACAGAGACCCCACCAACACACUACGCAAAGUGAACAUCCAGUGCCCCAUCGAAUGCCUUCGACCUGAACUACUGGCAGACGCACUGGCAGAAGGACACAUCCCCCAGAAUCCCCUGGAGUAAAAGAUAAAUCUCCUCUUCCUUACCCAUGGUCUGUCAAGUCUCUUUGAAGAAGAGGUCGCCCUGUCCAGUCAGAGACAGACCUGAACUAACACAUCGGUGCCUUACUGAUCAGCUUAACCAUAUCUAACACACCUACAUACUGUAGGUCCAUGCCUUCCUAGUCUUAAGAGAACCCCCUGCACACUUUCAGAGUGUUGGUUAAGUUGUGUCUCUCGUCAUUUCCCUUUGAGACACUUAAGAGGUAAAAAGGAACAUUCCUUGUGUUCGUCCCUGAAUGUAUGUGUUUGUGUGCUUGUUAACAGUUCAGAUGUGCUUGUCUUUUACAAAUUAUACAUUUCCAAGACUACCUGUCCAGUAUUACCGUGUCCUAAUCAUUUUUUUUUUUUACUUCUAUAAAAUCUUAAACCGUCUGAAAUCAAAAGCACUGUUUUGAGAGAAUGUUGGUGUAGUUGCCAUGUCGACAAGUGUUUGAAAUCAUUUUUCUUUUUCUGUAGCCUCUGUGUAGACAGGGGUAGCACUGCGUGUGUGUGAUUGACCCUGAGUUGUAAUUUUGAAACUCUUUAAUGCAUUUUAUUUAUCCCUUUAAUCACAGCAUUGUUGUGUGAAUGUGAGACCUGGGGUGUCUACUUUGUUCUGGUUUUAUUUUUGUACUAAAAGGUGCCAAAGUUUGGAGAUUCCCUUGUUUUGAUAAAGUUGAAAAGAACCUCAUGAA